CAAGUCCGAGGCGGGACUGUGGUCUACUUAAACCGCUACCCCCGCUGGUAUUUGUAGUGCGCUCCUCCUCGUUAUGUCUCAUGUUGACAUGGGUUAAAAAACUACACUUCCCCAAAGCUGUCACAGAGCGCUCCCUCCUCCCAUUGGCUGCUCGCUCCAGCCGCAGCCCCAGAGAAUGAAUGAAAUUGAAAUAGCUGCUACAUUACAUGUACAAUACCGGGCUCUGCAGUGUUGCAUUCUAUCAUACUAUAUCAAAAUGGCCACAGCGGUACAGAACCCCCUCAAAUCGCAAUCUGGAGGUGCAGUCAUCAAGAACAGUCUUGGUGAGGAGUUCUAUAAGGAGGCCAUUGAACACUGUCGCAGCUACAAUGCCCGCCUGUGUGCUGAGCGCUCCAUGCGUCUCCCCUUCCUGGACUCCCAGACCGGCGUGGCCCAGAGCAACUGUUACAUCUGGAUGGAGAAGAACCACCGUGGACCAGGUCAUGCUCCAGGUCAGUUGUACACAUAUCCCGCUCGCUGCUGGCGCAAGAAGAGGCGGCUAAACAUCCUGGAAGACCCGCGGCUUGUACCGAUCGAGUUUAAGAUCGACUAUGAAGCCUCCCUAAAGAAGGAGGGGGGCAUCCCAGACGGUCCCGUGUUGGAGUCGCUGCUCGCCGGGGAAACCCUGGACAAGAAGGUAGAAACCAAGGAAGAAGAGCCUAUGAGCGAGUGUCAGAAGCUGCUCGUCGGGGAUUUCCCUCAUGAGCUGGAGGUGGACGAGAUGGAGGAAGACGUCCCGAAGCGCAAGAACCGUACCAAAGCACGGGCCUAUGGUGUUGGGGGCAUGAGGAAGAGACAAGAGCCGCCUGCCAUCGAAGACAGAGACAAGCCUUACGUCUGUGACAUCUGUGGAAAGCGCUAUAAGAACCGCCCAGGGCUGAGUUAUCAUUACACUCACACACACCUGGCAGAUGAGGAGGGGGAAGAAGAUUCUGAGCGGCACACACUACCCUUCCAGCGCAAGAACAACCACAAGCCCAAGAAAGCACCAGACGGCUCAGUGAUCGCCAACGGCUACUGCGACUUCUGCCUCGGAGGCUCAAAGAAAACAGGCUGUCCUGAAGACCUUAUCUCCUGUGCGGACUGUGGACGCUCAGGCCACCCGUCCUGUCUGCAGUUCACAGUGAACAUGACGGCUGCGGUGAGGACUUAUCGCUGGCAGUGCAUCGAGUGCAAGUCCUGCAGUCUGUGUGGCACCUCUGAGAACGACGACCAGCUGUUGUUCUGUGAUGAUUGUGACAGAGGCUACCACAUGUACUGUCUGAGCCCUCCCAUGUCUGAACCUCCAGAGGGGAGCUGGAGCUGUCAUCUGUGUCUGAGACAACUGAAGGAGAAGGCCUCGGCCUACAUCACCCUCACUUAAUCUGCGGAGCUACGCCUCAUCCUCUCGGCCCUUCAUCCUCUCCCAAACCACCUCUCCGUCACCCCUCUCUUUGUGCCUCUGCCCCCGACCCCCCCUCCCGCCCCUUCACCCUUCUACUCUGAUCCACUCGCCACCACUUCCUCUACAAUCUGCCCCCCCCUCCCCGCCCUGGUGACCUUUGACACAACUGAGCACACAGCACCCGUAGCGCUGCACCCAUUCUUGAACGUCCGUCCGGCGGCGAGGCCAACCUCCGUCUUUUUGUGUCACUCACAUUCCGAGAUGUGCUUGACCUGACUACUCCCGCCACCCACACCCCUCUCUCCUGCUCUGUCUCAACAGAGGAAUUCAUCAGCUGGCAAUAAGUUUGCUAGCGAGACACACACUCCAGCCUGCCAAGGGCACUUCAGAGGCAUACUACUCCACAGGAACCCUCUUAAGGGCCCUCGGAAGAGCCCUAAUGAUCUUCAGCUGCAACUCAGUCAAGUAGUGAGUGAGAAUUAAUAAGAUGGAUAGGUGUUAGGUCGAGGACAGGGCAUGGAAGACCCUGGAUAACCAUGGAGCAGUAUGUUUCAGUGUUAGCCAACUGUGAAAUAUACACCUAACCAAAAUUUCAUUUACUCCCUCUGUCCUUUUCCGUGUAUGGCAGAGCUGAGACGUUGAACUCUGCGCUCUGCGCUCUGAGCUCUGAUUUGUCUGCAGGGCGCACUGCCCUGCGCAGUCUCAAAGGGGAAUGAGUUGUACAGAAUUCAGACUGAUUCUCUAUUUAUGCACUCUUGAAAAACUCCCCUUACCGACAAACAAUAAGCAGCUGGUCAGGAACUCAGACCGUUUUUUGACCUCACCGUGUCCUCUCUCCUUGCAUGUGGUUUCCACAAAUGAAUGAUGCAUUUUAGGAUUUGACACUGAGGGUUUUAGUGUUCCGGUGUGAUCCUCGGAUGAGAGAGAGAGAGGUGGAUUUUUUCUCUAAUCAGCUAUCUCUGAUCAAACAGUGUAUUUAAAAAUGACAAUUUAGGCUUAGCAUCGCUCACAAAUCCUUUACCUGACCUUUAUCUGCCCUUCCCUUCCACGAAACAAUGACUGUGAAGCCAAUGCGAGACUGGAACGCUCCUGGUGCUUGGUGUGUAUUAUCUCUGUGUUAAGAAUGUAGGAUUGAUGUGUGGACAAUGCAGAUCUUUGUCUGGCCCAUGCAGAGGCCUAAAAAAACUUAUUUUCUAUGAUUCCUUUUUUAUUUCAUUUUUUUUUCAUUUGCAUGUUCUUAUUUCAAUUGUUUUUAAAGACUUUUGAUUGAAAUUGAAAAAGAAAGCACACUUAAUUCGCAAUAAUGUGUUUGUGAUAUGAACUAUUUUGGCCAAACUGGGUGUGUUUUAAACUCUGUGUGUGCCUGUGUGUCUGUUUGUGUGAGUUUAUCUGAGCACUACAGUAAUUGUAGCCAGCUCCAUGCUUGGUGGUUAUCUGUGAGAGGAUUUGAGUAGCACGAAGGUAAUGUGAAUGUAAGUGAGGUCAGCAUUUUCCCUGUGCAGGCAUUCUGACAGAGGUGGAACAAAGUCAUUGUUUUGCAAGUCACAAGUCACAAGUCUUGGCGUUGGAGUUCAGAGUCAAGGCCAAGAAGUGUUAAAGAUGUAGUUUGACAUUCUGGGAAAUAGAUCCGAAAAUAAAAGUGUAAGAAAUUUACGACUUUACAGGGCUUCAGUGCCAGACUCACUGCAUCCAGCCAAGAAAUAGCCCUUUGUAUUUUACACGGAUUAAAGAAACAAGAUAUAAUGUAAGCUCAUAGAGCUGCUUAUAGGUGGACUUUUUAAUCUUUGCAGCCAUGCUGGCUGUUUCCCCCACUUCCAGUAUUAAUGCUAACCUAAGCUAAACAACUCCUGGCUGUAGCUUCACAUUUAUAAGACAAAUAUGAGAGUAGCAUCAAUCUUCCCAACUAACUCUUGUCAAUAUAUAGUAACUGAGUGUCAGUCCGUCCCAGAUCCCCGUCAGCAUUUUGUACCUGUGGUACAAACACUAACACCUCUCUGAGCUCUGACCUUACAGCCCAGCUAACAAACUGAGCUAACAUUAGCUAACAGCAGCUACAGUUGGCAGCAGUUUACUUCACUCUGUAAAUCACAGAGAGAUGAUGCAGAGAAACCAGAGGACAGCAGAGGCAAAACCAGAAAACAUUUUCUCCAUAAAAUAUGCUACAAAUAUUAUACUUUCACCAAAAUCAGUCAAAUAGUUGCUGGUUUGCAACUUGGUGCCAUAAAGCGUUACAUACUUCUCGUGGGUGAUCAUACCCAGAGCACAAAAUGACAUGAUGAACAGAUGUACGCCUGAUUACAGGUCAGUGUAGCAUUAAAAUGAUUUUAUGGUAGAAAAGUUACAUAAUGUUACUUUAGUUCCAUUUAAGUCUUUAACUACAGAUUAACAUCUGCAUUUAAUAUAAAAGGUUUUUUCCCCUGUCUUUUCUCUCUUUCUGAUUUUACUACAUAACAUGCAGGAGAACAACUCUUGGGAAAAUAUCACCAAACACACUGACUGUGUCGAGGGUCAUUGAUUUUAUGUUUGCAGAGACUCUAAGCUCUUUGUUAGUAGCUUAAAGCAAUACUCAACCCGAAAUGUGUCCUUUCACGAUCAAACACUCUGAAUAGUGGCUUUUAACAGACACCAAACCACUAAUGUAACUUAAUCGUCCACAUUAUUUUUAGAUCUAAACACUCAUGUUAUCACCACAAUCAUUUUUUUGUUGUGGUUGUUUAUUUAUUGGACUCCCCAAAAGUAGUUGUUGCCAAGGCAACACAGGGAUCCGUCUUCAAAUAACUAAAAUACGGCCAAGUACACCGCUUUCUGUUUGACACCGGCUUACAUGAGAACACUCGACUCUUGGUGAGAGUAUCAAAAAGCUCCAGUACAAGUGAAGUCACAAGUCGUUGGUGUUAAAGUCAAAAUCAAGUGUUGAGGUUGAGUCAGCUUGCCGGCUCUGUGUCUGUCUCGCCAAGUGAAACAUGUUGUUUUUAUCACCUCUGUGUCCUGUAAAGCACGAGGACAGCUGUUUAGCGCGAGUGAAAUGUAGAAGAUGUUCUGCUAUCUGCCAGUCUGCUCUGCACGUUCCAAGGCGGUGUAAUAAAUCAGUGCUUGAAGACCAAGCUGAAAUAUUAAGGCUUGAGUUUGUCAUAAUGGGAUUAAUGAAGCCGGACAGCCAGCAUGCAUUUUUGUGAGCUUGCACAAUCUCUUUUUUUUUCCUUUUUAACCCCGAUGCCCAUUAUGUUAUCCUCAACCAGUUUAAAUGGACUUCUCAAGGCGACCCUAAUGAGCACGUUACAAGAUAGAAGUGCUGAUUUGGGAGGAUGUUUUCAACAUUUCUGAAUUGUUUGUUAGUAAAGAGGGGCAUCCAUCCAGUGAUCCGAGAGCUUUAAGCUUGGAGACAAUAGCUGUAAAUAGGGGAUUGAAUUAAGGGCAACAAAUUGCCAUUUCAUACACGACUUCAUUCUUGUACAUAUCAAAGUAUGAAAAAGGUCAAAUUCAAGUUGCUUUGAAUGACACUGAAUCUCAUUUUUAAUGCUGCAUCAUGUCUCCAAAAGGAAACUGGUGAGAUCAGAUGGCCUGUGAGAAUGUACCUGAACUGUAACUGUCUGUCUGUCUGCCAUCUGAUACAGAAAGACACGAGGUGCAAAUACUGUGCUACCCCCUCGAUUUAAUGUAACUCCACUGAUGCAUGAAUGACACCUGAAAUGUUUCUGAUUUCAUAUUUUGAUAUUGUCAGUGUUGUUGUUUUUUUUAAAAACAACGACGAGAACUAACCUUUAACUUCUGUUCAUCUCCUUGUCCGGUUUUGUAAUCUGUGUCUUUUCACAUUUUGCACAGCGUGGCUGCGUUUGGUCUCCGAGUGUGUUUAUGCCUGUGUGUGUGUGUCUGUUUGUGUGUGUGUGUGUGUGUGUGUGUGUGUGUGUGUGUGUGUGUGUGUGUAUAAACACUUAUGAUAACUGGAAGGUCAGAGAUAAGAAAAAAAACUGAACCAAAAUAGUGAAUUAUUCGACAUUUUUUCUUCUCAGUGGAACCACUUGCAUGGCACAGCACUGCUAGAGGAUUGUAAUGUACAGAUUUACAACAAAAGUGUGCUUGAGGGUGCGUUUCUCACAAGGCACUCGGAUAAAGAUGAAUGACGUUUCGUUCUUGUGUGUUAAGUGUUAUAUUUGACAACAAAAGUAGUCUUAUCCAAUCAUUUUUUUAUUUAAAUGUCCAUCAACCAAUGACAGCUAACAUCGAGAUUUUGAAGUGUGUGGAAAUAUUUGGAUGAUGAAAUGGAUGUUGAUGAUUGAAUAUAAUGGAAAUGUUUGUGUGGCGGGUGGACGACGAUGAUGAUGUCAAAGGUGACUGAGAAGCCUUUACAUUGGGAGCUUUGCUGGCACUUAGUAGGAGAAGCAUGGUGGAGUCAAACUAAUUUUGAUUGUACUAUCUUGGGGAGGGUGGGGGAAACCAUGUUGGGGUUUCAGAAGGGUAUCUGUGUGAUUAUUUAAUGAAACUUGAGCCUUCCCUUUGUACAAAUGGACAAACCAAGGUCUGUGGUGAUGAUGGAGGGGGGGAGGGUUGAUGCCAUUACCCCUGCACCCACACCGGUUUAAGGCUAUGGGGGUGGCUCGCUCAGAGGGUGGAAACUUUGGGGCCACUCUAUGGUCACUCUUGUAAAUUGUCAUUCUGUGAUCUUGCUUGCAUUUAUUUAUUUAUUUAUUUUUUGUCUUUGUUUUUUUUUUGUUGUUUUUUAAAAUUCAUUUCCCAAAAAUAAGAAACUAAUUGUAAGUAUGUAUGCGCGUGAGUGCGGGUGCACUUUUUAUUUUUAAUCUUUGCAUUUUUUCAACGUGAUUGUCUGUUGUAAACAAAACUGGAUAAAGAUGAGUUUU